AGAAAACUUUGAAGAUGUUUGACAAAUACCAUGACGAUUGGAACACCCACAUCGCAAUGCACCUGCCAAGGCUCUUGUAGAUCACCGGAGAUCCGAUGUGCAAAAAUCUACUUGCUUCGCCAGGUGAGAAUCUCGUGAGAGUAUCGUGUGUUUCUUACUUGUUUGAGCAUCAUGAUGUUUUCUUUCCUACCUGCAUUCGUGUUCGCGCAAUGUCUAGCGCUGGUCGAGUCGCAGUCUUUUGGGAAUCUUCCAAGCAACAACUACGGCCUUCAGGAAAACGCAACAUAUGACUACGUCAUUGUUGGUGGAGGUACGGCAGGGCUUGCUGUCGCGUACCGCCUCGCCGAAGAUGGGACGAAGAGCGUAGCAGUGGUGGAAGCUGGAGGUUUCUACGAAAACGAUGCUGGAAAUACUUCGGUCGUGCCGGCAUAUUGCACUCAUUACGGAGACACCGAGGCGAGCGCGGCCAAUCAGUUCCCUCUCGUGGACUGGGGCUAUGUGACGCAACCCGAACAAGGUCUCGGUGGGCGGAGGUUGCAUUAUGGGCGUGGAAAGACCUUGGGCGGAAGCUCGGCCCAGAAUGCGAUGAUCUACAACCGCGGAACCAUCGGCUCAUAUCAAGAAUGGGCAGAAUUGGUGGGCGAUGAUUCUUGGACUUUUGACAAUUUACUACCCUACUUCGCAAAGGGCAUUCACUACUCGCCUCCCAAUACGACUCUUCGUGCAGCGAACGCUUCGGUUCCCCCUCCGGCCAAUCCCAAUGCCUACAGCCCCUCAGGUGGUCCAUUGCAGGUGUCGCAUCCCAACUUUGCCCAAGUCUUCGCCAGCUUCGUCAAUGGGGCCAUGCGCGAGUCCGGGAUCCCCGAGCAGCAGGAUUUCAGCAGCGGCAGUUUGCUGGGAAGUCAGUAUGCGCCACUGACCAUCGCAUACCCGGAGGAAGAACGCAGCUCAUCCGAGUCGUCGUAUCUGCGUACUGCGUUGAGCAGCAGCCGGACGAAUCUGAAAGUGUACCCCGGAACAUUGGCGAAGAGGGUUUUGUUCUCCACCAACAAGACUGCAACUGGGGUGGAAUUCGAGACUACAUCUUACGGCAAUCGCAAUAACUUUGUACUGGAAGCUCGCAAAGAGGUCAUCGUGUCAGCUGGAGCAUUCGCAAGUCCGCAACUCCUCAUGGUCUCCGGCAUUGGACCCAAAGCGCAACUCGAGCAAUACAACGUCACUGUCAUCGCAGACCGUCCCGGCGUUGGCACCAAUAUGCAAGACCACCUCGAUUUUGGCCCUGUAUGGCAGAUCAACCUCGAGUAUGGUGUGGGAGCUGACGCAGACCCAUCUCUGGAGGGUGCAAUCGCGCGUGAGUAUCUUGUCAACCGCACCGGCCAACUGACCAACGCCGGUGUCGACUACAUUGGAUGGGAGAAGCUCCCACAGCCCUACCGCAGCGCUCUGAGUGCGUCUGCCCUCCAGGAGCUUGCCAAAUUUCCAGCAGACUGGCCCGAAAUUGAGUACGAGGUUACAGCCGCAGCCCUCUCCGGGGGCGAUCCGACCAAGCGGUUUGGAACUCUGCUCACCAUUCCCGUGUCGCCGCUCUCGCGAGGCUGGGUGAACAUUACGUCCAGCGACACUGCCGUCCUUCCAAGCAUCAAUCCAAAUCAGUUGUCCGCCCCAACAGAUCGGGAGCUCGCGGUCCAGGCUUUCAAACGUGCGCGCUCCUUCUUCUCGACAAAGGCUAUGCAGCCCAUCCUCAUUCGCGAGUAUAUGCCGGGACCGAAUGUGACGAGCGACGAGCAGAUUUUGGAGUAUAUUGAGGCGACCAGCUACCAAAACUGGCAUGCUUCGUGCACUUGCAGAAUGGGACGGUCGAAUGAUACAAUGGCGGUGGUGGACUCCAAGGCUCGUGUGCUCGGUGUCAAUGGCUUAAGGGUUGUUGAUGCGUCUUCUUUCGCCUUGCUUCCACCAGGCCACCCACAAAGCACCGUCUACGUUCUGGCAGAGAAGAUUUCCGCCGACAUUCUGGCGGAUGCGCAGUCGUGAUGGAGCUUAUUGGUGGUAGUCGGCAAGUAGUUACUAACACGGCGCUUUCUCUACUCGACGGUGGAGGGCAGCUUUGGUCGUGAUUGAUCGGGAUGGAAGGCGGAUGAAUGCCACGGCUCGAGGAGAUGUAAGUUGGAUGACUACGGAGACUCCUCUCGCCAUCGGUGGGAUAUUUGUGCUAGUGCGAAUUGCCUGGUUACUAGAAUCAAUAUCGAGGUCCUUCAUUCAACGUAGGAAUGCAAUCUCGUCAGCAUCGUCCGUCUCGCCAUACAAAUCCAAUGAACUCAGCCAGGUGC